AUUGUCCUUCUAUUUUUGUUUUGUUUACCACACGUGAACAUAUCUAUUGAUUCAAUUGACCAAGUAAUUAAUAAAUCAACUUACACUACUCGAUCAUGAAGUUAUUGGAUCUAUCUUUCUAAACACAUUAUAAGCUGCACUUCUCUACACAUCUUUUAUAUUCCCUCCUGUAUCUUCUAGCACUUUACUUUUUCUAUUAAGAAAUAACUGUUAUUUUUGAUGUACUAAUCAACAGCUCAAAUGUUCAAGAAGUUGCCUCUUAAUUGAAAUGAGUGUAUUUGAACGUCUUCAACAAAGAUUGGCCAAGUGUUCCACAUCUUCUCGCGGUCAAGAAACUGCACAGAUUUAUCAUAAAAAUAAGUCAACUUCAGAACAAGCUAUUUUUUUGGAUGGUGUAGUUACAACAACUGAUGAUCGUUCAACAACAAAUACUCUUCCAUUAUGCCAUAAUCAUUCACAAACUUGGAGUGUUGAAUCUCGUAUGGCUUCCAAGAUAGCUAAUAGCUAUUCAAACCCAUCUCUGCACACAGUUGGAACAGUUAAUUCCAAAGGUGAGGCAACUCCGGAUACGGAAAUUGAUGUGCCAAAGUCAAAUUUUAGUCACAGUCAAGAUCAUUUGAAUACACCCAGUAAUAGUUCAUAUCAACGUCAACCACAACAACCUAGAAGAAAACGAGCAAAAACCCCGGUUAGUUCUUUCUAUCGUGUUAGCAGUGAUGAUGAUUGUGAUACAUGCGAUGAAGAUGAAGAAGACGAUGUUGACAAUAAUAAUAAUAAUACUAAUAAUAAUAAUGAAGAAUACCUGGAUCAGUGUGAUGAUUUAAUUAUCAAACAAUCUGCUGCAUUUGAACGUAGAUCACAACGUCUACGUCGUAGUAUUGACCGGGCUAAAGCAGCUUUACCUGCUGAUUUUGCUGAUCGUAUUGAGAUCUCAGAUUCACUUGGUGAUUUACCUAAUCAAGAAUCGUCUAGUGGGGCACAACUUCAAAAACAUCAUCGGAGUGUUAGCAAUCUUGGUGUAGAUUUAACUGAUCAAUUAAGCAAUCGUGAUUCAGAUUCUGAAGAAAAUGUAAAUAAUAGUAAUAAUGUAAACGGACACUAUGAGUCUCAAGAAACCUCAAACUCAAAUGAAAACCGUACGAAAUCAAUUAUAAAAGAAGAUAAAUAUUCAGAAGUUAGUGAUGCAUUCAAAAUGAAACCAACUGAUUUGGUAAUACCAAAUGAAGGGGAAAAUGCCAAUACAACAACUAAUACUACUAUUACUACACCUAAUGAUCAUUUUGAAAAGUCUGAAGCAUCAAACGAUCCUAGCUUACAAACUGGAAUUUACUGGCAUCCAGGUCCACCUCAGCCGUUGUCUGAAUUGAUGUACGAGUUUCGUUCAGGUAGUCCAGGAACAACUUAUUUGAUCAAAGCUAUUUGUAAACGUUCAGGAUGUCAUUGCGCCUUAAGAAAUUAUGACAGUCUCAUGUUAUAUCCAGUACCGGAUUCAACACUGGCCUCUGCAACUUGGGAAUUAUGGACAGCUAAAGACAAGAAUCCACGUUUUCCUACCUCUUCCUGUGAAGUUCAAUCAAAAUUAAUUCUUUUUCGACAAUGUCGAGGAUGGUAUGAAGUUUUGAAUGAGAAUCACCAGCCAACUCCUCAUAUAACAACACUUGAACAGGUAAGGCGCACCAGAGCUUCGACUUUCAUUGUUCGACAAGACAUGCGUUGUUUAGUAGCACCUCCAAAUUUGGUCAUACCUUCUUCAGAUGAAAGAAGAGAAUUAAAUGAUGAUACUUCACCAUAUUCAAUACCAUCAAGUCUGGUUACAUUGGCAUGUUCACCAGAAACAUUGGCUAAUUCAAAACCGGAUUUUGUUCGUGCUGGAACACUUCUACGGUUUAUCGCUUAUCUACCUCAAUGCUCAGUUAAACGUGGAAAAAAAACCAAGGAUUUAGGCCUUAUACUAGCAGUUGAACGAUCCAGUUGUUCAAAACAAUCAUCCAUUCAUUCCGAUCUACUCCCGGUUAGACCUCUUUCACGUACUAUCUACCUUGGCGUAGAAGAUUCUACACCUGCAGUGUUUCCUCCUAAACUCUCCUUAAGUGUUAUCGCUGGACCAGAAAAUAUUUCUGGAGUUCAUUUGUUAUCUGGUCUACUUCGUAAAUUCCGCUUACCUUUGUCAGUUAGACCCAUACCUUUACCAGACUCUUAUAACUAUACAACCAACACAUCAUCUAUGAGACGUCCAUCACUUAUGAAUAGUAAUCCCAAAGUAACUUGUGGUCUAGUUGCUGUUCAACCACUUUCAUUCACUGAAAAACAUUUUUUAAGAUUACACUCUUUAUAUAGAGGUGAUAUUUUAAUUAUUGCUCCAGUGUCUUCACCAGAACGUUUAUUUUUGAUUACACCAUCAAUGUUACGUGAUCAUUCAUUUCAAACUGGCUAUACGCAUGAUCCAACUUAUGCUCUUUCCAUGGAAAAUCAUCGUAUACAAGCAUGCAAUUUUCUAGCUAUUGCUCAUGCUCAAGAAACACUCAAUUAUUUAGUUCGACAUAUGCAAGAUAUAACACGCGAGCCUCGUGAUUCUUAUACAUCCCGUCAACAAGCGAAACAACGAAGUGAUUUGAUGCCAACUCCAGAAUCUUAUAUGACACAAGAAGAAAUUUACAAAACAUACGAUGAAAUUGAUGAUAUCUACUUUUAUAUUCGCCAUGGUUAUUAUCCAUCAAAAAUACGUAAACCAGAUGAUCUGAACAAUAAAACAGAGUCUAUAUCUAAUACUAAGUUAAAAUCUCAUAAAUAUUCCACUAAUUCAUCACAUACAUCAGAUGAUAUGCCUGGAAAGAUGAAUUGUCAAAAAGAUGGUGGAUUAUCCCGUUCGAAUAUGGCAACAGCUGAAGACUUACUUGCUGCUUCACUGUAUACACCUUCACAUCAUGACUCAACGAUACCACCGCAACAACCUAUUAGUCUAACUAGAUCAUCAAACAAUAAUAAAAUUGUUAGUUCAAAUCAACAUAAUAUUAAUAACAUGAUUAAUGCUACGUUGGCCACUUUAGCCAGUUCAACAUAUCGUGUACAGCCAAAAGAAUAUGGAAUAUAAUAAGGUAUUAUUUAAUAGUUGGGAGACAGUAAAGAACUUGAAAUUCUCUCUGUUCCUUUCAGAAAUAAUUUUUUUUAUAACCUUUUUCUGACUUUAUUCUGUGUAAUCACUUAUGUAUUCGUUCGCUGAAAAGUGUAAACAAACAAAUAAUCGCAUUAUCUUAUCUAAUCAAUGUCUCUUCAUAUUUGAAAUUUAUAACUGUUACUAUGAUAUCUAUAAAAAGUUCUAAGGACUAAAAUAAACAUUCCACCCAUCUGUUCAUCCAACCAACUAUCCUUCCUUCUUUUCUUUGCUUCAUGAUAUAAACGGUAUUUAUAUUCCUUUUUACAAACAUCAAUUUUUGGCUGUUGUAUUUGGAAACUUUUGCCUAUAAGUUGCUUUUUUUUCUUGCAUUAACUAUUCCUAUCACCGCUAUAUGAACAAUUUUUUUCAAACGUUAUGAAUCUAAUCUAUCCAAAUUCUCUUUCAAAUAUAUAUAUAUAUGUAUGGAGAGAGAGAGAGAGUGGUCCGUUUUUACCUAAAUCAGUGUUUUUCAUUAGUCUUGAGGAAUUUACACGACUAUUGAAUUCUAUAUGACACAAGUUUUAUCAUAUUAUGUAUGGUUGCAGUUGUUUUCAAAAUAAACAAGCAAAAAACCCACUAGCAUUCAAAGUUCUUAACCAAUUUAUUUCAAUGAUAAAAAUUCCUUUUUGUGUUUUAAUGAUCUGUAUUGGAACAAUUCAUAUUUGUAAUUAAUAAAUAAACUUAGUUUAUCCAUUGUCAUGAUUGUUCAAUGAGAAAAGGAUUCCAUGUAUCAUCAUAAAAUUCCCUUUAAAUUUUGUAUAUAAAAUAAUAGUGCUUUUUUUAAAUAUAAAUUUAACUUAUCUGUCCAUAUAUUUUAUGUUUUAUCUUCAGUGAAUGACAAUUGUGUGCUUAAGUCACUUGUUUAAAUUGUCAUUCCUUUUUCUUCUUACGUUUUAUCCUGUCAUAUUUGUUCCGUAUUGUUUUGCUUUUUUGAAACUCUACUACUUUUUUUAAAAAUUUAGAAUGUUUAUUUUACUACUUUUCCUUUGUCUAAUCUUCAUUUCAUCUUGCAACAUUGUUUUGUGGUGAUUUUGAUAAUUUAAGUGGUUUUGUUUUCCCUCUUUUUAUGUAUUUGACUUCGUAUUCAAUAUUUUCAGUGUAGAAAAUACACGUGAUUAGAUUCAAAGUAAUUAUGGUUAGUCAAUCAAUGAUUAUUGUCCACUCCAUCAUCUUCGUUUAUUCCUAACUUUCACUGCUAUUUCUUUCGUUGUUCACUAUAUAUCUUCUUUUCUUCCUAAUAAUAUAUUUCUUAGGGAGUGCGUUCUCUAUACGUGUGACUGGUGAUUGAUAAGUGUAUUUCUGAGUGACGAUAGUUUCUUUCUCUCUUCGUACUUCGUACUUUUCUGUAUAAGAUAGGCAAUUUUAUCUUAAUAUUUGUGUAAUUAAUCUCUUCGGAUAUCGUUGUUUAUUUUGCUUAUAUUCACAUUGUUUUUCGAAUUACAUUAUUUGUCUUUUUCGUGUCCUGGAUUUUAUUCAUUAGUCUUGAAUUUAUGAUUAGUGAUAAACGAUGUCGUAAGGUACAAAAACAUAUCAUAUGGUGCUCUAAAUAAUUAAGAUGUUCAUUAAAUUAACAUAAAUGCUUAGAAGGUGUAAGUGCUAUGGUUUCUGCUUUAAACUACACUUCAUAUAAAGACCUAUUACAUUACCCA